CGCCGUAAAGCGCGGGGCCAUGGCUGCCGCCCGGGUGCUGCGGGCCGGUGCCUGCUGCCGCCGCCGCCUCCUUUCCUCCUCCUCCUCCAUCUCCUCCGCCUCCUCCAGUGGCGGCCGCGCGGCCGAGCGCGGGGAGCGGCCGGACAGCGCGGGCCUGGGGUUCCGCCCCCCCGCGCACUCGCACAGCGACUGGAUCGGGCCCCCGGACAAGCACUCCAACCUGCGCCCCAUCAUCUUCUACGUGCCCCCCGACGAGUCGGCGCUGGAGCGGCGGCUGCGGGAGGCGCGCCAGGAGGCCCAGGCCAGCAACCAGCGCUUCUGGGCACGGCACAACCGCGCCUUCCGCCAGGAAAAAGAAGAAUUUAUUUAUUCAAGACUGAAAGCCAAGGGUCUGGAAUUGAGAGAUGAAUCAGGUCAAAAAGCAACACUGAAUGCAGAAGAAAUGGCUGACUUUUACAAGGACUUUCUAAGUAAAAAUUUUAAAAAGCAUUUGCAGUAUAACAGAGAUUGGUAUAAACAUAACUUUAGGAUCACAUUCCUCAUGGGACAAGUGGCACUGGUGAGAGCUCUGAGGUGGCUUCGUCGGAGAAAGAAAAAUGUACAACAGUAAUCACAGAACCAUGAAGAAUGCAACACUGCUGUAAACUUGUGGUUUAUAGUAAUAUUCAAAAUCUGAAUGGUUGAUGCAAUAAUUACUUGAAUUUGUUUGUUAAUCUAUGUAAAUAAAAGUCAACACUGGUCUUAA